ACUGGGUUACUGUGAUUCUCUUCUCUGUUAUCUCCCGUCUCUCUCCUCCCUUCCCUUCCUUCCCCUCCUCUCUCUCUCUCUCUCUCUGUCACCCCCUCCCUGCCCAAAUUUAGCCGUUGUAGCUUCCGCCCUCUCUCUCUCUCUACAGACUCUAGGAACACGAAACGUGAAGAGGCAGAGGGGGAGGAGACGGUUAACCUUUCCCGAAUCGACCCCGUUCUUGGGUGCGAAGCGAUCUUUCUCCCACCCGAGCGCGAGGAGCUUCACUUUGAUCCUCGCAUCGCAUCUUCUUCCACUGUUGCGCUUGCGUUUGGGGGGCAGUCAAGAUGAGGCUCCUGGCCUGCUGCUACAAUGAUCCGGAGAUGCAGAUCGAUCCGGACACCGUCUACCCUAUCCGCCCCGACUGCCGCGACGACGCCCCCAAGACGCGCUUCAAGCCCCGGCCUGGCCUGACCCUCAGUCCAAGGAGAUGGAAGCUUCUCCACAAUGAGGAAGGUGUUUUGGACAUAGCUGGAAUGAUCAAAAGAGUGCAACAUGGGGGAGUCCACCCAACAAUCAAAGGAGAGGUUUGGGAAUUUUUGCUGGGCUGCUAUGACCCUAAAAGCACUACUGAACAGCGCAGCCAAUUGCGACAGAAGCGAAGGUUAGAGUACGAGCAACUGAAAGCGAAGUGCCGAGAAAUGGACACAACAGUCGGUAGUGGAAGGGUAAUCACUAUGCCUGUAAUAACAGAAGAUGGUCAACCUAUCGAAAAUCCUAACUCCGAUGGAGGGGCAGCAGGUUCUGAACAGCAAAACAAUGGCGCACCACUCCCAAAAGAAGUUAUUGAUUGGAAGCUUACUCUACACCAGAUUGGUCUUGAUGUUAACCGUACUGAUCGUGUGCUUGUUUAUUAUGAGAGACAAGAGAAUUUGGCAAGGUUGUGGGAUAUUCUUGCAGUGUAUUCAUGGAUUGAUAAAGACAUAGGUUAUUGUCAGGGAAUGAGUGAUCUUUGUUCACCAAUAUCAAUCAUUCUGGAACAUGAAGCAGAUGCUUUUUGGUGCUUUGAGCGUCUAAUGCGCAGGGUGCGAGGAAAUUUCAAAAGUACUUCUACUUCCAUUGGAGUUCGAGCUCAGCUGACUACCUUGUCAACCAUAAUGAAAUCUGUUGAUCCAAAGCUGCAUGAACAUUUAGAAAAUCUUGAUGGAGGGGAAUACUUAUUUGCCUUCCGAAUGCUGAUGGUUCUUUUCCGUAGGGAAUUCUCAUUUGUUGAUACGAUGUACCUUUGGGAGCUCAUGUGGUCUAUGGAGUACAAUCCAAAUCUCUUUUCAAUGUUGGAGAGUGGUACUGGCACAUCAAGCGCAAACACAAAGGAUGAAAGUGUUCUAGGACAGUGUGGAAAGUUUGAGCGGAAGAUAUUGCAAGCAGCUAAGAAAGAUGACCAGAUCCCUCUAUCUGUCUUUGUUGUUGCUAGUGUUAUAGAGGCUAGAAACAAGCAGUUACUGGGUGAGGCAAAAGGUCUAGACGAUGUUGUCAAGAUUUUAAAUGAAAUCACUGGUAGUCUGGAUGCAAAAAAGGCAUGCAGAGGAGCAUUGCAGAUUCAUGAGAAGUACCUUAACACGGUAAAAGCAUCAUAAGGACAUGUACAGCUUCACUUGGAUGGGCUAUUUAUUAUUAUUUUUUGGAUUAGGGAAGGCGUUGUACAAAAGAACUUUUUUCAUUCUUUGUGUAUUGUGUAAUUCUUUAACACUUGUAAAUUGCAUUUACACAAAAAAAAAGGAUAAGGAUUUCAUUCAAAAAUAAAAAAGAAGGAAGAAAAGAAUGUUGAUCUUGUAAAGAUGCGAGGCACUAUGUUUAUACCAUAAUAAAGCCAUCAUGAUUCUUUUCUGCUUGUCGUCAGCUCUCAUACUGCAACAACUAGGUUCACCUUGUCUGAA